UGCGCGGUGGGAAGCAGCUCGCGGCUCCGGCUCUACCUUGGGCCGGCUGCAGUCUGAGUCUGAGGGCGGCCGAAGUGGUUUGCUCGUUUAAGAUGAGGCUUCUGCUACUUCUCCUGGUGGCGACGUCAGCGGUGGUCCGGAGCGAUGCCUCGGCCAACCUGGGUGGCGUGCCUGGCAAGAGAUUAAAGAUGCAGUACGCCACGGGGCCGCUGCUCAAGUUCCAGAUUUGUGUUUCCUGAGGUUAUAGGCGGGUGUUUGAGGAGUACAUGCGGGUUAUUAGCCAGCGGUACCCGGACAUCCGCAUUGAAGGAGAGAAUUACCUCCCUCAACCAAUAUAUAGACAUAUAGCAUCUUUCCUGUCAGUCUUCAAGCUAGUGUUAAUAGGCUUAAUAAUUGUUGGCAAGGAUCCUUUUGCUUUCUUUGGCAUGCAAGCGCCUAGCAUCUGGCAGUGGGGCCAAGAAAACAAGGUCUAUGCAUGUAUGAUGGUCUUUUUCUUGAGCAACAUGAUUGAGAACCAGUGUAUGUCAACAGGUGCAUUUGAGAUAACUUUGAAUGAUGUACCUGUGUGGUCUAAGCUGGAAUCUGGUCACCUUCCAUCCAUGCAACAGCUUGUUCAAAUUCUUGACAAUGAAAUGAAGCUCAAUGUGCAUAUGGAUUCAAUCCCACACCAUCGAUCAUAGCCCCACCUAUCAGCACUGAAAACUCUUCUACAUUAAGGGAUUUUUGCAAGAGCAGCGUGACUGACAUUAUGAAGGCCUGUACUGAAGACAGCAAGCUGUUAGUACAGACCAGAUGCUUUCUUGGCAGGCUCGUUGUACCUCUUGGAAAACCUCAAUGCAAGGCAGUUUUUCAGUGCUGGCACAUUUUGGAAUUCUGCACAUUCGUGGAGUGCAAUAAUACUGUAUAGUUUUUUUUUUCUUCCCCAAGUCCACUCGGUUAAUAGUUUUUUUAAAAAAUGUAGACAUUACUACUUGCACUUCUUUUUUUCUCGGUCAUAUUUGAAAAAGUAGAAAAUUGAGUUGCAAUUUGAUUUUUUUUCAAAGAUGUCUGUUAAGUCUGUUGUGAUUUUAUAUGAAUUUUCCUUUUUUAUAGUUUAAAAUUGAUCCUUUUGGGACUAGAGCUGUAGUUCCCAAAUACUUUAUAAGAGUUUAUCAGACAUCUGUAAUUUGGUCAUGUCCAAUUUAUAUAGUUUUCAAAAUACUGCGGAUUGUGAACAGCACAUUAUAUAAGAUUAAGGGGGGAAAUCCUAUAUCCAGAGUACUCUACCAAUUUGUGUAUGUGUGUGUGUGCGUGUGUGAUUACCAGAGAACUACUAAAAGACCAACCACUUUUUAAAUCCUGUUAAUGUAGUUCAAGUGUCCUGCCUUGACCAAUUUAAUGAGUUGAUUAACUGGGCCUUUAUACUUAACUCAAUAAAAAACUAAGCAGAUGUAAGUUAAAUAAAAAGCUUGAGUUUAUUGCCCAGCGUACCUAUUAACAUUAUAUUUAACAGUUGUCUGCAAAGUUUUGUUUUUGACUCACAGAGAAUUUCCUAUGGGACACACUUCAUACACAAAUAAUAGGUCAUUUACCAUUUUUAGGAUAAUUGAAACUUGCCUCACUAAAGAAAAGUUAGUUGAACCUCUUUACAACAUUAAUAUUAGGUAAAUGGAGAUCACUUGUCUAAUUAACUUGUCUAACAUCAUAUCAGAAUUUUAUUAUAUUUGAGGGACAAAAUUGAAAGGUUUUUUAUUCAGUGAAUUUAAUAUCUUUCCAGAGUUCUAAAAGGUAGUUGUUUUUUUUAAAGCUUAAAUUGAUAAAGACUAUAAGAGUAAUUUAGCAGAAAUAGGACCAUAAUGUAGAAAAAUAGUCAUAUAGCAACAGUCGUAACAUACUUCAUCUUCCCUGUAGGAAUAAAAGUGGUAGGUCUAGAUUUGUUAGUGGAAGUAAAGGGAUUUAUGGAAAAAUAAUGAGAUAAUUCAAUAUUGAGUCCACCAAACACUUAGCACAAUCUUAUACUUCAUUUGUCAGUGAAUAUUUGUUGAAAUGCAUGUCUGGUAAUUAUCAUGAUUGUGACAGCCUCAAGGUGGAACAUACUGUAGUCUCUAGCUGAAAAGAAGUUAGCCUAAUAAUUCACUGCAGAAAAUUGAUUAAAUGCCUUAUCCUUUUAAUUAAGGCUGCAGAACUGUUCACCUAAGAUCGUACAGUAGCAAGAGUCUAUACAAUUUAAGCUAGAGGUUACUUAGAGAUUGUUAUUCAGGUGUAAUAGCAUUUUGUUGUCUUUGACUAGGGCUUAAAACUUUGUUAACUUGAUUUGUACCAGCCCAAACUUCCUUCUGCAAGUUGAACACACUGCUGAGUGUGUGUAGGGUCUUUCUUCAGUGACAGUUAACCUUUUGACAUUUAGACCUUCCAAACUUGUCUUGGAUAUUCCCAUGUAUCUGACAGGCCAACCAUGAAGAAUUUAAGAUUUAAUUCUAAUUUUUUCCAUGUUUGCCUUGGGUGAAUAACUUAUCCUUUGGAGAGUAGCUUUAAGUGGCUAGGUCAUUGAUAAAACUCAACUAUUUUGGUCACACCCAUUUCAAUAUUAUUUUAUGUUUGGCCAUAUUUAAAUCUAAGAUUUAAUGUAGUCUAGUGAAAAAAUUAGUGGGAAGUGUGAAUGUAAAAAAAAACAUGAAAAAACGGAAAGUUAGAAAGGUAUUUAGAAUGUGGCUUUAUUAUAUUCCUAACAUUUCAAAAUUUAUUACAUAGUUGCUUACAAAUUGGUGUGGUUGUGUAGUUUAUAAAUGUUUAUGUACUCUGUUAAUUGCAAGACCAUAGAACAUGACAGCAGGUUGGCUACUGUUAUUGGGGUUUUUACCAUAGUUGCUAUUGUGGAAGAGAUUACAUGUUAGAUUAAUUUAAAAAUGUUGGCAAAACAUGGCUUUAUACCUCAGCAUCAAAAUGUGCAAGACACAUAUGCUUUCAGAAUAUAAAUGCGUUAUUAACUUAACGGCACUAAGAUCAAUGGCAGCAGUUGAUCACCCUUUACCACUAUCAAAACAUAACAGGAUCCUAAUGAUGAUUCUUAUUUUGAAUGUUAUUAGCUGGGGACCUUGAUUGGUUGGCAUUUUAUUGUCAUGAUUUUAACUAAUUUAGAUGAAAAAGAAAUAGCCUACAGAAUUUUAAAGCAUGAUUUAAUAUUUCAUACUAAGACUUUAAAAAAUCUUUUUUGAGAGAAACAGGAAUUGUAGAGUCUGGGGGCUUUAAAGCAUUGUGAAAAUAAACUUUUAUUAAGCUGA